CAUAGAAAGUGGGCUGUACCGUGUUCUACGUAACAGGCAGGGGAAGAUCUCGAGUUCGGUCCCAACAUUUCCUCACUUUACCCAAAGCCACGCACAACAUCCCACCAGUGACUGCGCGCGGUGCCAGGACACACACACAUACACACUCACACACGCGCUGUGAGUCUGCGAACUGCAUGUGCACGAGCUGCGGAUUUCCACCAUAAUGUUGGGCGCAGUGAAAAUGGAAGGACACGAAACUCCAGACUGGAGCAGCUACUAUAAUGAUGCACAAGAGGUCUAUUCUCCCAUGACGAACAGCAGCAUGAACGCUGGGCUGAGCUCCAUGAAUAAUAUGAACAGUUACAUGAGCAUGUCCACCAGUGGGAAUAUGACUUCCAGUUCUUUUAACAUGUCCUAUGCGAACCCAGCGCUGAGUGCCGGACUGAGCCCGGGCACCAUGGCCGGGAUGCCCCCGGGCGCCACCGGCGCCAUGAACGGGAUGAGCGGCGGCGUGUCGACCAUGGGCACCGCGCUCAGCCCGUCCAACCUGAACGCCAUGACGGCUCAGCACAGCUCCAUGAACGCGCUGAACCCGUACUCCAGCAUGAGCCCCACCAUGAGCUCCAUGACAUACGCGCAGCCCAACCUGAACCGGGCUAGAGACAACAAGACUUUCAGGAGAAGUUACCCGCACGCCAAACCACCCUAUUCCUAUAUCUCCCUCAUCACAAUGGCUAUCCAGCAGGCACCCAGCAAAAUGCUUACCUUAAGUGAGAUUUACCAGUGGAUAAUGGACCUGUUCCCCUACUACCGUCAGAACCAGCAAAGGUGGCAGAACUCCAUCAGACACUCGUUGUCUUUCAAUGACUGCUUCGUCAAAGUGUCCAGGUCACCCGAUAAGCCGGGAAAAGGCUCCUACUGGACUCUGCAUCCUGAUUCUGGGAAUAUGUUUGAGAAUGGCUGUUACCUGCGAAGACAGAAGCGCUUUAAAUGCGACAAAAAGUUGCCGGAUGGAAAGAGAUCAGACGGAAAGAGAGACCAGUCGAGCGGCUCUGGCUCACCGGCCAGCGACAGCCCCAGCACCAAACCAGUGCAUAUGGACUCCAGCUCCAUAACCUCCUCGAACCAGUCGUCCAGUCCUCCCAGUUUGGACCACAGGAGCGGUAGCACCGCCAACUCUGAACUGAAGAGCACCGGCCCACAGGUGCACCCCGUGUCCACGUCCCUGUCCUCGCUGCACUCUAUGGCCCACGAACCCCAGCUGCACCUCAAAGGAGACCCCCAUUACUCCUUCAACCACCCGUUUUCUAUUAAUAAUUUAAUGUCCUCUUCAGAGCAACAGCACAAACUGGAAUUGAAAGCCUAUGAACAAGCGUUGCAAUAUUCCUCCUAUGGCUCAGGGAUGUCUUCCAGCUUGCCCAUGGCCGGGAGAGCCAGCAUGGACCCUUCGGCUUUAGAGGCCUCUUACUACCAAGGUGUGUAUUCCAGGCCUGUUCUUAAUACAUCUUAGUCAGUUGCCGACGGGGGGAUUAAAAAAAACAAAAAAAAAAAACUUUAUUUUAUUUUUUGCAUGCACCUGGUGCAAAAGAACUGUUACUUUAAAAUAUAACAAAAUGUGUAUGUGUAUAAUAAAAUAUUGUAAAGUGUUUCCAAUUAUUGUAUAUCCCAGUUAUAAAUCAUUGCUAGUGUAUUUAAAUCAUUUUGAGCUUGUAAAAUACUUGUUGUGAUCCCCCAAACUUGUAGUUCCCUAUUGUGUUACAACGUGCACGAAUGAAGGUCAACUUUGGUCUUGUUGCUGGUAUAAAAGCGAAGCCCCUGUCUGUUGCAGAUGUAUUUGAAUGUUGUCAUUUUACUCAUUAUUUUUGGGGUUUACUUACCUCGUUUUGACGAAAAACACUUCCCAAUCUUGUAUUGAAAUAAAUUAAUCCAAGGUGGAAAUGCAUUGUGAAUAAAAUAUGUAUUUCUUAAUCAAGCAAAA